GAGCGGGACGAGCUGCCCGAGCUGGCCCGCCCGGGCCAUGUCGCGGCGGGAGGGCGGCGGGACGGGGCUGCCCCGCCCGCUGCUGUGGCUGGCGCUGUGCGCGCUGUGCCCGCUGUACCGCGGGGCAGCCCUGCCCUCAGAGCCCGGCCCGGCCGCCUGCAGCCCCCGCUGCCGGCACGGCGGGCUCUGCCUCGGAAACGGCACCUGCCUCUGCUCCAAGGGCUACGAGGGCGAGCGCUGCCAGCACGCUACAUGUUAUCCAAAAUGUAAAAACAGUGGAGAGUGCCUCCGACCUGGAAAAUGCAGAUGUCCACCUGGGUAUGGAGGUAGAUACUGUCAUAAAGUAAGCUGUGAAGGAGGAUGUCAGAAUGGUGGGGAAUGUGUCUCUGUCAGUGGAGUUGUGAAGUGCCUUUGUGCUUCUGGCUGGACGGGAUCAAGAUGCCAAGAAGCAAUUUGUCCUCAAGGUUGUCGGAAUAAUGGAGCUUGUGUGGCUCCUGGGAUUUGUAGCUGUCCAGCUGGAUGGGUCGGUGGAGCAUGUCACUUAGCUGUAUGUAAACUACCCUGUCAACACGGAGGGAAGUGCAUAGCUCCAAACGUGUGCAGAUGUCGACUGCCAUACUCUGGUCUGCAGUGCAUGAAGAAAAGGAAGGAAUGAAGCAACUUCAGCAAAGAUAAAUGCUUUUCUAUAUGAAAGUAUUGCUGAUUGUAACUAAGUUGUUCUAAGUAUUCAACUGUGUGUAGUGUAUGGUACCUUUUCUUCUGUUCUCAUUUUUUUCUUAAUAAGCAGAAGUGUUAUGUCUUGGUUGAUACAGC